GCUUAUAUCUUGUGUAAUCAUAGAUAUUAAUAUAGUCUGAGAAAGAGACAGGAAGUCUUGGAGUUUGGAGAGCAAAACGGCAAGAUUGUCUGGCUAGAACAGCUCGUAGGAAGUUCCAGCUGAGAGCUCCCCAGAGGUGAGCUGGCCCACCAGCCACAACACACAGGACUGGGCUACAGGAACAGCAUGGUCAGCAUCAUGUCAUCACAGCCCACGACCAAGAAAGCCUUUCACUGCUCCACUCUGAAGGGCAUCCUUAUCCCCCAAGGAGAGAAACCUGGACACAUCUACCAAAAUGAAAAUAAACCGCAGAAUGGUCUGCAGAAGGAAGCCACCAUUCUUGGAACUGUCCAGAUCCUGUGUUGCCUGAUAAUUUCAAGUUUGGGGGCCAUUUUGGUUUAUGCUCCUUACUCUUCUCACUUCAGCCCAGCAGUUUCCAUCAUUCUGAUAUCCGGGUACCCAUUUGUAGGAGCUCUGUGUUUUGCCAUUACUGGAUCCCUCUCAAUUAUCGCUGGGAAAAAAUCAACUAAGCCCUUUGCCAUGAGCAGCCUGACCUCAAGUACAGUGAGUUUUGUUGCUGCUGGAGCAGGCCUCUCCCUCCUCACUACCAGCAUGGUGGCCCUGGGGACUGCCACUGAAAUGUGUGACUCUGAAAAUGAGGAUCUAUCUUCACUGCUUUAUUUGGAGUAUUAUUAUUCAAUACAAAACGUCAAGGACUGUUUCCUGACCUAUGUCAGUCUAAUGGGUGUGAUGGUGGUGAUGCUUAUCUUCACUGUGCUGGAGAUCUUACUAGCUGCAUAUGCUUCUGUCUUUUGGUGGAAACAGGUCUAUUCCAACAACCCUGGGAGUGCAUUUUCCUUGCCUCAGUCACAAGAUCACAUCCAACAUAUCAAAAAGUUCUUCAAGGUCAUGGAUAUGAGUAACUCUUGGUUUUAGAGGAAAAAGGAGGAGAAAGCCCAGUGCUCAUGGCAAAGUGUGAUCAGACUUUCUUAAAAUUUCAGCUACUUUAAGCACUGAAAGAAACUUUUAAAAAAUAGCUUUUGUUUUGUAUUUGGUCAACCUGAGUAAUUUUAUUGCUUUUGAAAAUAAUUUCCCAAAAGCCCAGUUAGUAAAAUUUUAUUAGCUAGUCUUUCAAAAUGGCCAUUAAACUUUAUACAUUUCUCUGGGUAAACUGAACAGAAAGCGAUUCAUCUAUCCACAAAUAAGAGAAAAUGUGCCCUCUCUUGCUGGUGUGAAUUAGCUAAGUCAGGUGACCAUGCAGGCCUUGUUUCUGUAUGAUUUUCACACACAUAUUGCUUAACUCUUAGGUAUUAAGAUUGCAAGAACAUUUUAAUCAAAGAUAUUUUUAAAAUAUAUGGCUCCAUUCCUGUCAACUGAGUGAAUUAAAUUUCUGUCAAUUAAAUACAGCUGAAUGUUCUGUCUCAUUUAAUUAUUUUAUUCUUAAAUAUCCGGAUUCAAAGAUUGCAAUUAAUCACAAUGCUUUCUCCUAUCUAAGUUCCAGAUCAGAUAAGCAAUCAGACAUGUAGAAACAAUAUCGAGGGGAAUGUGCAACAGAAAUGUUCACGUAUGUUUUCCAACUGACACAUGAAGAUGGUCAUAGAAGUCAUAUACAGAAUAGCCCCUAAAAGAAAACUACCCAAAUAAACAGACAAAUAAAAAAUGUGGUAUAUUCAGACAAUGGAAAACUAUACAGCACUGUGAGCAGACAAACUACAAUUCAUGCAGUCACAUAGGUAAAUCCCAUAAACAUAAUGUUCAAGAGGGAAACCCAUGUAUAAAAGAGUACAUCCUGUGUGAUUCCGUGUAUGUAAAGUUUAAACACAAGCAAAAUACACAGUUAAACUCAGGAGCAUGGUCACCUUUGGAGGUAACAACUGGAAGGGGACCCAAAGGGCCUAUGGGUUCCUGGAGACAUUCUUUUCCUUGAUCUGGAUGCCGGUGCUGUGCAUAUAUGACAUGCUCUCUUGUUUCUAUGUGAUCAUUGAAUAAAAACAUUUUAAAACAGUUA